CAGCGUCUAUUCACCGCUGCUCUGCUAAGCAGAGCAGCGAUUGACAGAGCCUCCCAACUGACCCCCCCACCGCGGGACACUGUGGCCCGUGGGUGGGACAGCGGGACAGUCCCCAAAAAACGGGACUGUCCCGCGAAAAUCGGGACAGUUGGGAGGUAUGUUGUAUGAUUGCCUUCACCUGUGCUGAAACACCUUUCUUAUCCGUUACCCUGUUCAGCACCGGUGCCGGCAAUCAUACAUUAAGAGAAAAGUCCAGAUGCAGAGCAUUGUGUCCCUCCUGGAAGGGGUCAUGUUGGAAGACCACUAGGUGGCACACACGAGAGUUACUUUCCCUGGGAAAGAAUUCGCGACCGGAGAAAGUCUCUCUGCCUGCCAGUUCUGAAACCAACGUUCAAACGCAGUCAUCGAGGAUUCUGACGUCAUGCCGUAGACCCCGGAAGUCGAUCUGCGGUAAAACAAACGAAGUGCCGCGAGAGGUUGGUGCUGCGCUCCCUUAAUGUGAGCGGCCGGAACAGGGAACAGUGAUCAAGGAAAGGCUGCUGCUUUUACCUGAUGUUCUUUGAUAGGACUGUUGAGAUGACACACCUUACAGUCCCUUGUCUGCCAAUCAGCAUAUUCCGAUAAUGUUCUCGCUGAGCUUAAAUAGAACACAUUUCAGAUAGUGGAUUAGAGCAAGAUCACUCAACCUUGUGGAGUUCAAAUUUGUGUGUGCCGCUGUUUACAUUACAUUAGUACGAAGGAGGGGAAUACACAAAACAUACAGUUGUGAGAAGACCUCCGCACAAUGAGUGAUGACAUUCCAAAUGACCCUAAUGGUAAACGCAUCAUUUGUGAUGGGGAAUAUGCAACAGUGCGUUAUGUUGGAAUGGUGCCACCUACAGCAGGACUUUGGCUUGGAGUAGAGUGGGACAAUCCUUUGAGAGGAAAACAUGAUGGCUCCCAUAACGGAACAAGAUAUUUUGCAUGCAGCCAUGCUACUGGAGGGUCUUUUAUUAGACCUAAGAAGGCAGAUUUUGGUGUGAGUUUCCUUACUGCAGUGACCAAGCGCUAUGGUUCGAACAGUGAUUGGAAUGAAAAUUUGGUGAUUGGGAAAAAAACUGUAGAACUUAUUGGCAUUGAGUCAGUUCAAGAUGAACAAAGCAAGCUGGUCACAUUGUGUGACAUCUCACUUCGGGAAUGUGCAGUCAGCAAUGCUGGUCAUAAAGGAGAGAUAUUUGAUUCAUGUCCAAACAUUUCUACAAUGAAUUUAUCAAGCAACCUGCUUUCCUCCUGGGAAAGCAUGGCAGAUAUUGCUUGUCAGCUGAAGACACUAAAACAUCUUGACCUCAGUGAAAACAGACUUCGGCUCUCAUCAAAUCCAUCUUCAUUAGCCAAUGCCUUUGCUAGUUUGACACUUCUUUCUCUUAAUCGAACAGGAAUUACGUGGAAUGAGGUUUUACAGUAUACGGUUAUGUGGCCAGCGCUGGAAGAACUUUACCUUGCUUCAAAUGAUAUCACUGUUCUAGAAAGGUCUGUCAGCUGUCUUCAGUCUUUGACGCUGCUGGAUAUUUCCAACAAUCAACUUGUUCAUGGAAACCAACUGCAUGCUAUAGCACAUUUACCAAGAUUAAAGCAUCUAAUAAUUUCAAACAACAGGAUUUCUUCAAUAAACUUCUCGGUGGCUCAGUUUGGAUGCUGCACGGACAUGUUUCCAGCUGUAAAUAGAUUGUUAAUCGAUGGCAAUAAUAUAUCACAGUGGUCUUUUAUCAAUGAGUUAAAUAAACUGCAGAGUUUGCAGUCUUUAACUUGCCAGAAUAACCCGAUAAUGGACUCUGAGAAGAACCCUGAGACUGUCAGGCAGCUUAUAAUCGCAAAGAUAGCAAGGCUAAAAGUUUUAAACAAGACUGAGAUCCUUCUGAAGGAGAGGGAGGGAGCUGAACUUGACUAUAGAAAAAAGUUUGGAUUUGACUGGUUAAAAGCAGGUGGAAAUCAGAACAGUGAACUUAAUAACCCAUCCAUGGAGUUUCUAAUAGAACAUCCACGAUACAUCACUCUUGUAGAAAAAUACGGGGCUCCUGAUGAUGCAGAGAUUAAGCCACUUCAGCCGUUUGCCUUGAAAAACCAGUUACUUACUUUAACUAUAAAAUGUCCUGACAAACCAGAUCAAAAACCAAUACAAAAGAAACUGCCUGAUUCUAUGACGGUUCAAAAGGUAAAGGGACUGCUCUAUCGUUUAUUUAAAGUGCCUGGUUCAGAGUUAACGUUGUCAUAUGAAAGUUGCAAAAUGGAAGGAAAAGAGAUUGAACUAGAAAAUGAUUUGAAGUCACUUCAAUUUUACUCCAUGGAAAAUGGAGACAGUAUACUGGUGAGAUGGUGAAGCAUCAACAUGUAUUCCAUGUCGCUAAAGAACAAAGGAAGUAAUCGAUAUUCGUGGUGUUCCAGCAGAAACACAUUAAACAUAAUUUUUUAUUUUCAAGUAUGCACUCCUAAAUUUCUUCCUAUCCUUGAAUUAAAAGUUUGUUUUUUUCAGAGACCUGAGAACAUUUCUUUUAAUCGUGUUUCCUGCACUUAGAAUAAGGCCAUGCUUAAAAUGUACACCAAAUAUGCAUAAAUAUUGCUUAUUUAAUAAAGCAUAAUAAAACUGUAA